GUAACACAUUAAUCAAGACCUCUCUCUCUCUCUCAAAGAGACCAGUAAUUUGUUUCCAAGUAAAUAUGUAUAAUCCCAUUUUUUCGAAAAGCUUUAGUCGAACCGAACGCAAAAGGUUUGGAAGUUGUGCAAUCUUUUUGUGCUUCAUUAUUGCAUUGGGCAUUUCCUCAAGCUUGAAGCCUCAUUUGCAUCUCCUCUCACUCAUUGGUGACGCUGUGAAAACGCAGCUAUCCAUCACUGAUGUGGGAAACAUGCUUGUGGUUGAUGAUGGCACCAGAAGAAUCAUCAAACCUAUUGUUGUCAAUCCAACCGAAUAUCUGCAGCUGCCGAGUGAUGCUGCUCAAAAUAAGCUCAUCGUUAACCACACAACCAAUAUCAUCACAUCUACAGAUUCCGAAAAUGGUAGUAAGAUGGAGCCAAAACAUGCAACAAUGUGCAGAAAUUCAAACUAUUGUGAGAUGGAAGGAGACAUAAGAGUCCAAGGCAAAUCCUCCACAAUAAUGCUCUCAUCACAGUCCAUCCAAUCUUGGAGCGUAGAGCCCUACCCUCGAAAGGGAACCUCCCGCGUCAAGAAAUGGACAAUCAAACUCGUUCCACACGUGCCAAACUGCACUCAACAUCACACCCAUCCAGCAAUCCUCUUCUCAAUGGGGGGAUUCGCAGGAAACUAUUUCCACGAUUUCGCAGACAUCUUGUUUCCCUUGUAUUUGACUUCCUCCCACUUCCAAGGGGAAGCGCAGUUUCUCGCAACCGAUCACAAGCCCUGGUGGAUAACCAAAUUCAGACACAUCCUAAAAAAAUUGACAAAACACAGCAUUUUAGACAUCGAUGGAGAGACAUCACAAGUCCACUGCUACAGCAAGAUGCGAAUCGGCCUCAGAUUCCACAGAGAGCUCAUAACCAAUAAUCCAGUAUCAUCACCAUCGAUGCAGGACUUCCGGCUGCUGCUGAGAGAUGCCUACUCCCUGAGGAGGGACGGGGCGGGGCGUACGCCCCGGCCCCGUCUCAUGAUCGUGGAUAGAAAGCGUACGAGGGUCUUGACAAACAAACGCCAAGUCUCGAAAUUGGCAAGAAAGAUGGGGUUUGAGGUUGUGGCGGCAAAUAUGCCGGGAUUCGCGGGGGCCGUGAACUCGUGCGACGUGCUGGUGGGGGUGCACGGGGCCGGGCUGACGAACAUGGUGUUCUUGCCGGAUAGGGCGGUGUUGAUUCAAGUUGUUCCGUUUGGAAAUGUUGAUGGAUUCGGUAGGCUUGAUUUUGGGAACCCUGCGGCAGGGAUGGGGUUGAGGUAUUUGGAAUACAAGAUUGGAGCCGAGGAGAGCUCUCUAAGCCGAAAAUAUUCUAAGGAUCAUCGGAUUUUGAGGAAUCCAGAAUCGUAUGUGAAAUGGGAGCAAGUGUGGUCGAUUUAUUUGAAUCAACAGAAUGUGACACUUGAUUUGCGUAGGUUCAAACCCACUUUAGCUAAGGCCCUCAAGUUAUUACGACGUUGAGUGCUUUAUUUAUUUCAUUUGUCAUAUAAUCUUAUUUAUCUAAUUUAGUACUA